AUGUUCCAGUUCGCUGCGAGCGUCGCUUCGAUACGAUCCGAGUAUCCACACGCUUACGACGACCAUGCGACCCAGUUUCUAGACGAGGAAAAAGGGAGACAACAAAUUCCAUCUGCACGAUCCGCGAAGAAUUUCGAGCCGGCAAUCGACGACUUCCACCACGCUUAUAACAACUCUCCAAAUCAAAGCAAACCCAUUUCCUCCCAGAAACCCCACCACCUUCAUACAAAACCCCCACCCCCCUCGGACAUCCCCCGCCAUCUCCGACCCCCACCCCGCCAUCGCCGCAAACCCCAACUCCUCCAUCUCACCCGACCACCGCACGCAGGCAGCAACAUUCUGUACACCAUGAUUCGCUGCGCAGCAAAGUACCUGCAGUUCGAGCUUUGCACUUCAUGUGCGAUUGAAGUCCCCCCCUCAGCCCCUAAGACCAAUACUGAUACCAUUGAGAAUAAAGUCUACGCAGCCAGACGCAAGACCAAAGGCACCAAAUAUGUCGACCCACCACCUGACCAUCCACGACCUGCUCCGCAUAACCUACACGUACGAGGCGCAAGCCCUCGAGGCCGAAUCAACAAGUCGCUCGAGUUCGAUAUGCUCCGGUCGGCCCGACUCGAGGAUAUGUCGAUUGUCAUUGGCUACGCGGGAAUCGAAGGACAAGGUACAAGAUGGAGAGUGCGAGGUUGCCACGGGAAGCUGCGUGUGACGUCUUUGGAGGUUAAACCGCUAGGAAAGUACGGGGGAAUGUGCGAGGUGGUUGGUGAGCAAGUCGAUGCGCGGUUGGUUUGGUGGGGUUGCGGGCGGGAUGUCCGAUGGUGGAUGGAGAGCGGAUACCAUGCUUACAUGGGCAUUCAUGUGAACAACUGUCGCGACCAAGGCUUCGCUUUUGACAGCAAAGAAGGCCGCCAUGCGUCAUAUACCUAUGCUGGAUUCGUCUCAAGCAGCCGCGAACACUCACCGCACAUGCCAACUCCAGUUCGCGUGCAAGCUUUGGCGUUGCGGGUUCGCAAAGUCUUGCGAAGUCAUUUUGACUCCAAGGCUGUCGACUGCCUAGUACAACAGCUUGCCCCCAAUGCCUCAUGA